AUGCCUAAGGAUGAGCGGGAGCGGCAGAUCCUCGAAAGGCUCACAGUCAUCCAGGACAAGUUGUUGCUUCUCAAGAGAGACCGCACCAAGUACAUCAGGACCCAGGAUGUCAUGGAGUUGCAGGAUCAGCUGGUGGAGCAGGUCAGACAAGUGAACGAGAUCCGAAAAGGGGAACACAAGGGGGAGAAUCGAUUGGAUAAGGUUCUCGAAAGCUGCCUCCAGCUCAUCUCGCUGUUCUUCAUGACGAUCGGACGGACGAGCGAGGUGCCGGCGGCGUACGCGCUCACCUCCACCAUCAAACGGCUGCUCGACCACCUGACGGAAGCGAGCCUCUUCUCCCCCAAGGAUCUCACCAGCAUAUCUAACACACUCGGCCGGCUUGAGAGUAUCCUAGAGCAGGGAGACUCGGCACACUCCCCCUAUCUCGUGGAGUUAUUGGGACACAGGGAAGCGUUGUGCAAGUCCAUGCUGGCCAGUUUGCGCCAGCAACUCGACCAGUUGGCGGAGCCGCUCCAGGUCAUCUACGAGCGACUAAUCUCGGUCAUGCGGUCGAUGUCGCUCGCUAACACAAAGUCCAAGUUCUCUACAACCGAGGUGCAGAAGCUCAAGUCAAAGCUACAAGAAAUCGAUGAGUCCAUGGUGAAUGGCAAGUUUGUGGACGCCGACGGCAAGGAGCUUCAGGGCAGCGAUGCUGUGUCAACACUCCUUGGUCGGUGCUUACUGUGGUCGGACAUUGUCCUCGAGAGAAAAGGGGUGAUCCCGGAUAGUUUCAAGGAAAAAUACGACAUCCUCAUCAACAUCCGCAACGACCUCGAGAAGCUCUCCAUCACCCAGGCCUGGUCGUUGCGCGAGACGGACCUGUACGACUUCCAGCGGCAGCUCGAUAAGAUUGACGAGGCGCGUGUCGACGGCAACUGGCUUGACCAGAACGGCCAGCCGGCCGAGCUUUACGUUCAGCGCACGCUCCUAUACCUUAUCCGGCGCAGCUACGGCUACAUUUACUACCUCAUGAACUCGUCCGAGCCCGUGUCGGAGGCGCUGCUGCCCAUCUACAACCAGCUGCAAACGUUGAAGCGGUGUCUGAUCGAGGUCAAGAAUAACGGAGGCGUGAGUUCGGUGAGGGAGCUGUACCCGUACAGCAUGAAGUUGAACUCGAUCGACAACAUGAGGGUGGAUGGCAAGUUCAUGGCUGGUAGCGACAUCCCUGAAGGCCAGGGCAGCGUCAGCGAACUGCUCGCGGAGUGUUUCGACCUCAACUAUGACUUGAGGCUUGCCGCCGAGGAGCUGGAGGAGAGCGAAGACAAGUCGCCCGCUCCACAAACCGCCACAUAA